AACAAAAUGAUUUCUUCGUCUUCUUCUCCUCCUUCUGCUUCAUUAUCGGAAGUAAAGAUUAUAUCGCAAUGCUUCGUCAAACCCAAAACCCUCCAUGAAAAAUCAAAAGAGCAAUACCAUUUUUCACCAUUGGAUCAUGUGAUGCUCUCAACCCAAUACAUCCAAAAGGGUCUUCUCUUUAGCAAACCAUCAAUAGCAUCUGGAUCUGAUGAUGCAAUCAAGCCAAAAGACUUCAUGGAGACUUUUCUGCAAAUGCUUAAAGACUCUCUAGCCACAACACUUUUCCAUUUCUACCCUCUCGCAGGUCGCCUCUCAACUUCGAAAACAGACAACCCGAGAUCUCAUUCGGUUUUUGUGGACUGUAAUAACAGUCCUGGAGCUGGGUUUAUCCAUGCAAAAUCGGAUCUAAGUGUAUCAGACAUUUUAGGAUCCAAAUAUGUUCCUUUGGUCUUUCAAUCUUUCUUUGAUCAUCACAAAGCAGUGAAUCUCGAUGGCCAGACCAUGAGUCUCUUAUCAGUCAAGGUAACAGAAUUGGUAGAUGGAGUUUUCAUAGGAAUGUCUAUGAAUCAUUCGAUUGGAGACGGAAGUUCCUUCUGGCAGUUCUUCAACUCUUUGUCUGAGAUCUUCAAUUCAGAAGAAGAUACCACCCACAACAAGUUUUCUUGUCUCAAGAAUCCUCCAAUCUUUCGUGAAGUGCAGGGUCCUAUUUGCGAGCUUCCCUUCAGUCCACUUGACCAAUCUGUUACUCAUUUAGAGUCUCCGGUUUUGAAAGAGAGAAUGUUCCAUUUCUCCUCAGAAACAGUCAGAUCACUGAAAUCAAAGGCGAAUCAAGAAUGCAGAACAACAAAGAUCUCUUCUUUGCAGUCAUUAACCGCAUUAAUGUGGAGAAGCAUCACAAGAGCAAGAAACUUACCAAAUGAUCAAGAAACAACUUGCAGGCUUGCUGCUGGAAACAGAUCAAGAAUGAGUCCACCAUUGCCAAUGAAUCACUUUGGGGUUUACGUCUCUCUUGCAAGUACGACUACAAGAAUUGGUAAUCUAUUGGAGAAUGAUUUUGGAUGGGCUGCGUUAAAACUGCAUCAAGCUGUAAAUGAACACACUGGCCAAAAGAUCGCUUCCGAGAUUGAUCAAUGGUUGAAGUCUCUUUCUGGUUUGCAAUCGGAGAAGUUUUCCAAGCCGAACCUUGUUCAUAUGGGAAGCUCACCGAGGUUUAACAAGUACGGAUGCGAGUUUGGGCUGGGAAAGGCUGUGGCGGCUAGAAGCGGUUAUAACAACAAGCAUGAUGGGAAGGUAUCGGCUUAUCCCGGAAGAGAAGGAGGAGGAAGCAUUGAUUUGGAAGUAUGUCUUCUUCCAGAGUUUAUGGAAGCUUUGGAGUCAGAUCAAGAGUUCAUGUCUCUGGUCUCUUCUUGAUCCUAGUUACUCAUAUUUUCCAGACACAAAACUCCACGUCAUUCUCUUUUUUUUUUUUCUUUCAAAACUGAAGCUAUGGAAUCAAAUGUCUUUGUUGGUUAAUUUCACCGGUUCAAAUGUUACAAAUUUAUUUAAGAUCAGCGGUU